AUGCAAGUGCCAGAUGGCUUUACCACUUUCGGCAAAGGAAUGGCAUUACGUGGCAAGUUGCUUGUGGCAAAAGAAAAGGCAGCAGAUGCCGAGAGUGCGGUUGCCUGGCGGAACGAGCGCUUUCAAGAGAUCGUCGAGUCUUUCUCUCCAGACGACGUUUUCAACGGAGAUGAAACGGCGUUGGCGUUCUUUUAUCAGUUGUUGCCUGAUAAAACAAUGAACUUCAAAGGUGACAAGUGCAAGGGCGGAAAGAAAUCGCGUCUCCGCGUAUUGGUUCUGUUCUGCUGCAACUCCACUGGCACGGAAAAACUCAAGCCGCUAGUUAUUGGAAAGUCUGCCAAGCCGCGCUGCUUGAAAAACGUUGUCUCGUUGCCUUGCGACUACAGAGCCAACAAAAAAGCGUGGAUGACGCGAGAAUUGUUCACUCAGUGGCUGCUGCAGCUCGACGACACAAUGAAGAAGAAAGACAGAAAAAUUAUCCUCAUCGUUGACAAUUGCUCGGCGCAUAUCGUGAACGUGCGAUUAACCAAUGUAAAGCUUGAAUUUAUGCCCCCCAAUUGCACUUCUUUGCUCCAACCUUUGGACCAGGGCAUCAUCAGAUGCGUGAAGACCGAAUUUCGGAUGCGUCUUGUGCAGCGCCUCCUGAUCAAUAUUCGACUGAAGCUGCCCACACAGGUAAACAUACGUCAAGCUGCAGAAAUGCUGACAUGGUUGUGGCAGAACGUGAAGGCAAGCACGAUCAGCAACUGCUGGCGAAAGGCAGGCCUUUUAAAGGCUUUACCUACGCCACAAGACUGCGAGGACACACAGGAGCUCAACCCAGAGCUUUGGGAUGAGCUUACCGAGAAGCUCCCCGUCGACACCGCGGUGACCUUCGCCGAUUACAUUGACAGCGACAGCGCGGUGGCUACACCUGCGAAGCUCACCAAUGAGGACAUCGUGAAUAAAGUGCUAGAGCAAGACGAUGCCGACACUGAAUCAACACACGAAGAAGAACAAAGUGUUUCCAGCUCAGAUGUUUUAGUUUUUCUAGAAAAGACGCGAUUAUUCCUCGGGCGCUGUAAAGAUGUCCCCGAUGACGUUCAGAGGAAGGUCGAGGAUGUAGAGGCGUUCGUCCUGCAGCGCGUGCUGUCUACUCGCCAGAAGAAGAUUACAGACUUCUUCAAGCAAUAA